AAGAGCCUGCCUGCUUCCACUUUGAUUUGAGCCACCCGCAGUUCUGGUGCCUGGAUCAAGACCCCUGCAGCGACAACUAGCUCUCCGACCCCUGCAGAUUGCUAACUAGCAAGCCUGCCGCACCCUCGGCUCUUCACUGGCAGAGGAAUUGUGCUGACAACUGGCAAUGUUCUUCCACCGCAUCGCUGUCCCCAUGACGACUGGGCAGAACUGCUGAACUAGAGGCAGAAGCUGACUCCAGGUGACCACAUUACCAUCCCUGCCAGAUGACCACGGACCAGCACCAGUCAGGAGAGAGAUGAGUCCAUCCACACUCCAACUGCAGAUGAGGGGAAUGACCCACCUACAGCUUCUUAGAGGGGAAUGACUUCUCUCAGUGCUUUUCUUUGUGCCUCUGUAGCCCACUGGCAGGCUCAGCCAUCUCAGCGAGAUCCUUCCCUGAUCCGUGCUGGGCAUGUCAGCUCCCAAUGAGUCUCAGACAUGCAAGGAUUACAGCUUCAACCACCACCUCCUCCUGCCUGGCUACAUCCUGAUAUUCAUUACAGGUUUGAUGCUGAACGUGAUGGCCCUAUGGAUAUUCAUCCGCUACCUGCGCCUGAAGUCUGUAGUGAUGAUCUACAUGUUCAACCUGGCCGUGAGCGACCUCACCUUCACGCUCCCACUGCCUCUGCGACUCUACUACUAUUCCAACCACCACUGGCCCUUUGGUAACACCCUAUGCCAGGUCUCUGGCUCUGUCUUCCAGAUCAACAUGUAUGGUAGCUGCCUUUUCCUCAUGUGCAUCAACCUGGAUCGCUAUGUUGCCAUUGUCCACCCACUUCGCUGGCGACAUCUGCGGCGCCGCAAGGUAGCCAGGCUCCUUUGCCUGGUUGUCUGGGUUGUGAUCUUCAUGGGCUCCAUCCCCACAGCCAUAGUCCACAAGCAAACCCACUGUAAGGUACAGAACCAGACCAUUUAUCUGUGCUUUGAAAACUUUAGUGACAACAUGUGGCAGAAUAACCUCUUCCCCCUAGUCAUCCUGGCUGAAAUCUUGGGGUUUCUCCUGCCUCUCAGUUCUGUGAUGUACUGCUCAAUUCGGAUCUUUCAGGAGCUCUGCCAGGACGGCCAAACAAAGACCCUGCGCCAGCAGAAGACUCUCCGUCUCCUCUUGGUCAAUCUGGUCAUCUUCAUCAUCUGCUUUGUGCCCUACAACACUACCCUGGCAGUUUAUGGGAUGAUAAAAGCCCGGGUGAUUAAGGUUGAGAAAGAAACACAGGCCUCCAUACGCCAAGUGUUAAUUAUGGCAAUGCUGUUGGCCAGCAUGAACUGCAUGCUGGACCCCUUGAUCUACUACUUUAGUACUGAGGGUUUCCGUAACACCUUUAAGAAGCUGCGGCGGGGACAAGCCUGGGACUCGGAUAUAGGGACGCUUAAGAGUCAGGUUGUGGAUAACAAGUCAAAUCGAGACCACGCUCUUUCAAAAGUAAAACAGUUCCCCACUAAAAGCUUUAUCCGUCCCAAUGAAUCUUUGCCAUCGCUUCCUACUGCCAUAUUUUUGAAUGGCCCUCUUGAAGACUCGGAAAUAUAACCAUAGACAGGUCAUACCGUCAUAAUUAUCACCCAUUUGAUAAUUACAGCAGGACUGCGGGAAAGCUCAGGAUAACAUAGCAAACCCUUUGAGGGAACGCAGCAGACUGCAUGUGGGUGAGCGUGAUGAUGCGAAGCUGAAGGAUGAAAGGCUGUUUGGAAUAAACAGAGAUGCCUUGGUGACAUGGUCCCACCUGACUCCUUUGAUACAGGAAACAUAGCAGGGGAAGAAGGACUUGAAAUGAUCCUGGUGUGUCUAGGACAGGUCAGCACAAAUUCCUAUACCACAUCCAUCCCGCCGGACACCUCCCAGCUGCACUGUAGCCUGAAGCAGUUCUGGGGAUAAUCAGAACACAGAUACGGUACUCACUGCUGACAGAGUGGAUUUAGUAGUAAUGACUGAGGGAAAUUCUUGGUUUUUCAACUAGAUGCUUGAUGCUUCAGUCUGAGUCUUCAGUCCAGCUCAGGGCACCUAAAUAAGCACGUUAAUUUUCCAAAAGAGUCGAAGCAUUUAGCAACCCUUGCUGGGGUCAAGGAGAAUAGCUGAGUGUUUAGUGUUCUUGGAGAAAAUAGGUUCCUAAUUGUAUAGCAAGCCACAGACCUCAGCAAAACAAGCUUUAGGAGGCAUGUCAAACGUGCUGGUGCAGCUGUACACACACACAUGCAGCACAAUGGCUAUACAUUUACCUAAAGCAAAAUGGCUUGGGAAAUGCUGGCAUACUUAAAAACACACCCAGCAUCCAUAAUGGCCCCAGAAAAAAGAGAAGACACCAAUACUGUGGUCAUUUCUGAAGCUGACAUUGACACCAGUGCUUUGCACUCCCCUGUCGCUCAGCUAUACGGUGAUUGAUUUUAGCUCUGGGUGAUUUUUGCUGUUAAAAAAAAAUGAUGUCACAGAA